UCUAUAAAAAAAAUAGAAUUGUCAGCUAAAAAAUAGGUUUUAUGUGUUUGGAUCUCUCAAUUUACCUACCAGCAUUUAUAGAAACCAUUCCGAGUCGUCCAAGGUAAAUUGAAACAAAAUUAAACUUGCCUUUUCACAAGCUGCCCCUCAAUUCCUCUAGCUUCAUUGCCCCUACCUCUUAUCAUCCUCAUCAAGACUGACCUUGACUCACCGUUUGAUCUCACCAGAAGGAAAACAUCAAUAGAUUAUAGUAUUUCUCCCGAGACACCGUUAACCAAAAAGAAUAAUAAAAUAAAUAAUAAACCCGCUAUCGCCAUUCGUUUCUAUUAUUUCGAAGCUUCAAGCUCCUAUAUCAUUUCCAUGUUCGAUUCAUCAUCACACUUAACCGAGUUGGAUAUGACGGCAUACCUAUUUAAGAAGUCCCCAUCGUUGGCGACGCUCUUUGCAGGACUCGACCAAGACCUCACCAAUUUCUGCUUAAUCUUUCUACCUCUCCUGCCUUUAUCGAGAUUUCAUCGAGUAUAUCUUCCUCCAAAUCCUCAAAAGCCCUACACCAUUUCCACUUUAUAGCAGUUCACUAAAUCCUUUAGAACCACUUCUGCUGUACUUCCAAUCCCUCUCACAUUCAAACAUAGAAUUCUCAUAUCCACAGCAUAUAUCACCUAAAACAAAAAUAGUAAGCAGUCAACCACAAAAAGCUUAUCCAAGCAGCUUUACACGACAUUCCUCUGUUCACGAUCUUCCAUAUCUUUCGACUUCCGAAUUAUGACUUCUUCCUACACAGUUAGCUUUCAAGCCCAGCUUCUUUCCGACCUCCCACGUAUCAAUUGCUUCCCCAUAUAGCUUAUUUCGGUUCAGAAAAUCACCAUCCGGCAGAGAUUCGUUAACAAUCUUCCUUCUAGAACUUCUUUGUCUCUGCUUCGUUUUUUUCUGGCUACCAAGGUUUUUCUAUUUUUUGACUCUGUUCACCAGUUCUUCUAUAUCUUCUACAAAUCUAGCCUUUGUGUUCUUUGGUUCUAGCCUUCGCCGAUUGGUUUGCGGAUUAUUUGUGCUUAUCUCUCAUUAUCUUGUUAUGCUUAGUGGAGAUCUGAUGACCCUCCUCUGAACUGUUCAUGUCAGAUGAGAUUACCUUAUCCAUUCUUACUUGUUUGCCCCCUUGUGUCCAGCCCAUGGUUGCUCCCCAUUUACAUUUUGGGCUUGCAGAUCUACAAUACCUCGUACAUAUUUACAUGUAUAACCAGGUUCAUCAAAUCUCCACCAGACAAUAUGUAAUCAACUAGAUUGAUAGGAUUUGAUCUUUAGUAAUCUAGAGAUCAUCAAGUUGAUUUUGAUAGGUGAUUGCGCAUGCCUAUAUCUCUUCUACAACGAUUUUACAGUACUAGCUAGUUAGGAUAGGUUGAAAAAGGAAAACUGGUUAGGCUUUCCUCGAAACCUUUCUUUCUUUCUCUCUCUCUCUUUAUUUAUUUAUUUAUUUAUUUUAUUUAUUUAUUUUGCUGUAUCAUCCUUUUCAAUCUCUCUACAAGAAAAUUAUCAGCACAUUCCAAAUUUUGAUAAAAUCAAUGAUUUCUGUUUCCCAUGCUUUUCAGCAUUUGUGAAAGUUUCACUUGGAAACAACGAGAGUUGGAACAUAUUGCUGUGAGUAGUUUUGGUGGUUAUUCGUAUUUGUAUUGUUGGGAAGGCUUUCAGGAGAGGGUACGAAGAUGGCAGCAUGGAACCAAAAAGAUGUCAGAUGAAGACCUGAAGAAGCUAUCUAGCUUUGAGUACAAGGCAGCUGAGAAAGGGAGUAGCCCUGUAGAAUGUGUUGUUUCCCUGGAGAAUUUCAGAAAAGGUGAUAAGUGCAAAUUGUUGCCAAACAGCUUCUAUUCUCAACGCAUAGACCCUCAUUUGUCCAAUCUGUCGAACUUUCGCUGAUCCGUCAAAAGUUGGGCUGAUCUUGGGAGAUGAAAGAGGCCAAUUUUCAAGCCUUGAUGGAGUUGAACUGGUGUAGAUAAAGGCGUUCCUCUUUGGGACUGAAUUGAGCUUUAACAAUUCAUUCUGCAAUGCAGAUGUGUGGUUCCAAGCAUUGUUCUUUUCGCAUUUUUUCAAUGAAUUGUACGUAGCUCAAUUCCACUAUGGUUAAAAGGGUGUAAGGGAAACUUUUCUUUGGAAAGAUUUUAAGGAACAUUUGUUUGAAUGCUCCGUUGUGAUAUAGAUUUCUUGCAUUUGAUUCAUUACACAGUGAUUGGAAAUUGGAAAGUAAGUAUCUAAACACCCUGCCCCCUCCCCAACAAAUCUGCGACUCUGACAUUGGCAGCAUUUUGAUGAUGCUGGUGAUAUUGGAAUUAUUAGUUAGAAGACACCCAACUGCUUCAUAGUUCAUUCUUGUUUCCAAAGGCAGGGUUUCUUAGGGACAUGUGAAGCUUCUACUCUCCCAGUUUCGCCAAGAGAGAAAGCAAAAACAAAAGCUGACAUCUAGCUCUUAAAGCUUGUUGAGUUUUGCUUGUCUUUGCAUGAAUGUAAGUAGGCAUGCUGAAAAAUAGUUUUUUUUUUUUUUUUUUACAUUUUUAAUUCCUUCAACUUUUGCCUUCUUUCUCUUUUUGGCUAUUUUAAUUUUAUACUCGGUAUUUUUGUACUCUAGCUAUUAGAUUUUUUUUUUUUUUUUGGGUACAUAAGCUUAAAAUUAGCUUAAAUUAGCAUAAAAUCCACAUUGAUUUUUUCGGCCAAACAUUGAUUUAAAUAUGUUAUCAUUUUAUGAUUGGCAGCCGUGAUGCACAACCCUUUCCAAGAUGUUCAAAUUGUGUGUCUGUGUUUUUUUUUAAAUUGUAAUAUAAGAAUAGAAAAAAAUUUGUA